AUGAAUAAAAGCGUGUGGCAAGACCACGUCAUUGAUGGGGUAUGGGGGGAGUUUGUCAGCACGGAGCAACCAGACGCGUUGGCGCUCUACCUUGACAUUUUGACGUGUCAUGUGUCAACAGAGUCGAUUGAGGGUUUCGUAGGCUGGGGAACGGAGGUAGUCCCUUUGCCUAAAAAUACGACAGGCAUUCUACAACCUCUAGACGUAGGCAUUAUGAGUCUGUUCAAGUAG